AUGCUAAGCCUCAAGGCACACGCCUUCUCCGUGGAGGCGCUCAUCGGCGCCGAGAAGCAGCAGCAGCUGCAGAAGAAGCGGCGAAAGCUUGGCGCGGAAGAGGCGGCCGGGACCGCGGACGACGGAGGUUGUAGCCGCGCCGGCGGCGGCGGCGCCAGCGCCGGCGCCGGAGGAAAGGGCUCCUCUGAGGGAGACGAAAGCGCCGCGCUCCCGCAGCCAGCUGGGGCGGUGUCCGGGCCCGACCGGAGCUGUACAGACCUGGAGCGGAGCUGCGGCUCCGGCGGAGCCGCGGAUUUCCGCUGUACAAGGCUGAGGGCGACCGCGAGGUUGCUUUUCGUGCUAUCUCGCCGCUUUGCUGCUUGGCUAGAAGCGCAGGACAGCCCGGGAGGUUGGCGGGAGACGGGUCUGAAGAGCUUUUUAGAAGUUACCUCUCUCCGGGCCGAAACACGAGUUCUAGACCCCCGCGGCGGCGCGAAAUAUUUUUGGGGCCUUGACCCCGCCGAGGCCGGGCGGGUGGGGUGGACGCGGCCUGCGCCUAGCUCGGGCUCCGGACUUGGGGGCCACGCAGGCCUCACUCGAGUGCUCAGUGUCCCCUCAGCGGGCAGACAGCGGGUGUUUAUCGAUGGGCCUGUUAGAAGGCUCAGAUGGCACCAAGGCUUCUCGUUUUCUCCUGGUUCUCCCUCUCCUCACCCCCUCCAGGGGGUUCGCGUCUCCCUGGCCGGCUUCACCUCUCAACUUCUCACCCAUUCCACCCUCUCUGUCCUUUUCUGGCCAGGCGGUUGUGAGGACGGCUUCCUGCAGGGAGCUUCCCCACUGGCGUCCCCGGGGGGCUCCCCGAAGGGGUCCCCUGCACCUGCCUUGGCCAGGCCCGGGACCCCGCUGCCCUCGCCGCAGGCCCCGCGGGUGGAUCUGCAAGGAGCCGAGCUCUGGAAGCGUUUCCACGAGAUCGGCACGGAGAUGAUCAUCACCAAGGCGGGCAGGCGCAUGUUUCCAGCAAUGAGAGUAAAGAUCUCAGGAUUAGAUCCUCACCAACAAUAUUACAUUGCCAUGGAUAUUGUGCCAGUGGACAACAAAAGAUACAGGUAUGUUUACCACAGCUCUAAAUGGAUGGUGGCGGGUAAUGCUGACUCCCCUGUGCCCCCUCGGGUGUACAUUCAUCCAGACUCACCUGCCUCAGGGGAGACUUGGAUGAGACAAGUGAUCAGCUUCGACAAGCUGAAGCUCACCAACAAUGAACUGGAUGACCAAGGCCACAUUAUUCUUCAUUCUAUGCACAAAUACCAACCUCGAGUACACGUCAUCCGUAAAGACUGUGGAGAUGAUCUUUCUCCCAUCAAGCCUGUUCCGUCUGGGGAGGGCGUGAAGGCAUUCUCCUUUCCAGAAACUGUCUUUACAACUGUCACUGCCUAUCAGAAUCAGCAGAUUACUCGCCUAAAGAUAGAUAGAAAUCCAUUUGCCAAAGGCUUUCGAGACUCUGGGCGUAACAGAAUGGGGUUGGAAGCCCUGGUGGAGUCGUAUGCAUUCUGGCGACCUUCACUACGGACUCUUACCUUUGAAGAUAUUCCCGGAAUUCCCAAACAAGGAAAUACAAGUUCGGCCACCUUACUCCAAAGUUCUGGGAAUGGUGUUCCUGCCACCCACCCUCAUCUUCUGUCUGGCUCCCCUUGCUCCUCUCCUGCCUUCCAUUUGGGGCCCAAUACCAGCCAGCUGUGUAGUCUAUCCCCGGCUGACUACUCUGCCUGUGCCCGCUCGGGCCUGACCCUGAACCGGUACAGCACAUCCUUGGCCGAGACCUACAACAGGCUCACCAGCCAGACAAGCGAGACGUUUGCACCCCCCAGGACUCCCUCCUAUGUGGGUGUGAGCAGCAGUGCCUCUGUGAACAUGUCUAUGGGUGCCAGUGAUGGGGACACCUUCAGCUGCCCACAGACCAGCUUGUCCAUGCAGAUUUCGGGGAUGUCCCCCCAGCUCCAGUAUAUCAUGCCUUCACCAUCCAGCAAUGCCUUUGCUACUAACCAGACCCAUCAGGGUUCCUAUAACACGUUCAGGUUACACAGCCCCUGUGCCUUAUAUGGAUAUAACUUCUCUACAUCCCCCAAACUGGCUGCCAGUCCUGAGAAAAUUGUUUCUUCCCAAGGAAGUUUCUUGGGGUCCUCACCGAGUGGAACCAUGACCGAUCGGCAGAUGUUACCUCCUGUGGAAGGAGUGCACUUGCUUAGCAGUGGGGGUCAGCAGAAUUUCUUUGACUCUAGGACCCUAGGAAGCUUAACUCUAUCAUCAUCUCAAGUGUCUGCACAUAUGGUCUGAUGAAGCCUUAAAGUUAAACUAUGUUUGAAUUUGUCUAAUGUAUUUUUUCUUCUUUUUCCUUUUUUUUUUGAAGCAAUAUGGAAGAAUCUAUCUAUAGCUUGUAAAAUGUACAUAUAAUAGGAAAUGAAGGCUCAUUGAGCUUUUUACUUUCUCAUGGUGAGAUUGUGAUUAUCUGUUGGUAUAUAUGUAUACUGUACAUACAUAACAUAGCAUGUGGAAUUCUGCAGCCUACAAAACCACACCCUCCCUUGAUUUUUUCCCCUAGUUCAUCCAGUUGCACAGAGUACUGGCAUAAAUGUAGUAUGUUUAACCCGUGUUCUUAGACUUUUUUAAAAAACAAUGGAUAAAAUUUGGCUAUGAUGCUAACCAGACUAAGACUUGUAACUUAAUUUAUAAGAAAAAUUCUUUAAACAGUCUCAUACUUCAGUGUUGAUAACCAGCAGUAACCAGCAUAGAGUCCUGUGAUUUCUGUUAUUCUUGGACACAGUAUGUGUGAGAACCUUAAAUGCAAAAGCCGGCUGAAGUUGUUAGUAUUAGAUAUGAGGUAUUUAUAAUCACGAAGGAUUAGCUUUUGUGUUCGUGCUUGUUCUUAUUUACCACAGAUAUUCUAUGACCUUGGGUCUGUAAAAACUCACAACCCAUAAUAAUUGUUGUUAUCUUCUUAAGAAAGGUGAGAGACUUGCCUGGUUUUUGUGUUUUUUUUUUUUUGGCACUUUCCAUUGGACACGUAAGAGGCACUUAUUCAUCUGCAGAGAAUAUAUUUCCAGUAUUAUGAUUUCUUGUUUUAUUUAGUUGAUCAAAUAGACCAUUAAAGAAUGUUCUGUAAACAUUACUAAAUUCUGAUUUUCAAAAGGGAAGGAAUAUAUGACUUGAGUGGAAUGGCAAAAUGAAAAUAAAUUCUCAUCAGAUUCUGUGAUUCCAGUGAGAAACAUCCAUCUUUUAAAUCAAGAAGAAUCAUAUUGUCAGCUAUUCCUUAGGUUUUUAUGUAGUUUGUUUUUUCGUUCAGGAGAUGUUUUCCAUCUUCUUUUGAGAUUCCUGACCCAUGGUCUAUAAGUAAGGAAAACGAUAUUUGUGCUUCUAUUUAUGUCUCAUAACUCCUACAACUUGAGACCUCCCCCGCUUCUUAACCUUACCCCUCUGUCUGAGUCGUCCCCAAACAGAUACAUCCUAGGCCUUUAUGGUGUUAAAUAACACUGUAAGGAAUUUCAGGGGGUUAUCUUCAGCAAUCUGUCUUUUGGGAGUUGUAGUGCAAAGGCCAAAGCCCAUUAUUAUAAAGGCCCUCUUGGAGGACUAAGGAGGAAGAUACUAAUUAUGAUAAAAGGACUAUAAAACUUUAAAACUCAACAGCAUUUUUAACCUCAAAACUGAAGAAAUGAAAAACAGCAUUCGCUUUUUAAAAACUCCUGAAAAUAAUGUGUAUGUGGUUUAAGAUUUAAAAGCAAGGAACUUACGUAGCACAUUAUGAGAUGAAUAGAAAAGGCUAAGAAUGAGUGGUGAGGAACAUCACCAUACAUCUGGUGAGAAACUAAAAUAAUGUGUCUGCCCAGUAACACAAUAUUUCAUUUAUCUGACAAGCUAAAAGGGUAUGAUUUCUAUUCAUUGGUAAGCCAAGUUGCUUUAACUCAUCCCUAAUUUGGAUGGCAAAAGGGUGUAGCUCCUGAUUUGCUUCUUUACUUUAUAAUAGCAUAACUGUUAGUUAUUUAGGGCAAAUAUACUAUUGGAAUAGAAUUUACAAAGGAUGUGACUUGCAUUUGAAGAUAUUGGCAAAUUUCCUUAUGGAUUCUGUAACAACUCAUCAAAUUAGUAUUGAUUUUUAAUUUAAGAUUAGCACACAGGGAAAUAAAACAUUUGCAAUUGGUAGAUCUAUGUAAGAUGUUUGUGUGUGGUAUUAAUAGCUUGACAAAAGAUUUGGAAAAAGGCUUUGAGAAUGAGAAAAGUCCUCAUGAGUACAUCUCAGCCUUCACGCUUGAUGUCUUUCAAAGAGAACAAGAGAUUUUUCCAUCUUGAGAAAACAUGGAAAGUUAUGAUUUAUGCCCAUAUGUACUAUAAGGAGAGAAUUUUCCUUUUUGCUGUUGGUAAUUUGAGAUGACAUCACAAUACGAGUAUAAUUUUUUAUUAAUAUUUUUGGAUAAAAUUUAGCAAUAUUGUACAAAUGUUAUUUCCUUUAGGUUUUUACUGUAAAUAUUAAUCACCAUGUCAUUUCAAAGACUAGCCUUUUAUUGCAUUAAAUGACAUAUACAUUGAUAAUUGUAAUUAUAUAUCUGUAUUUUAUUAAAAAGUACUUAAGAAAUUAUAUUAAAGUAUGUUAUUAAACU